CCCGUUCCUCCACCGAGCCGGGCCGCGGGCAAGACAGCGCCCAGCGGCGCGCGUUCGGGUGCCAUGGCCCCCCGCACGCUGCUCCUCGGGCUGGCGGCCGCGCCGGUGGGGUUGGCCAAGUGGGGCACUUCGAUCAGGUGCCCCGGUUCCGCGUCCUUCAUCCACGCGUCCUGCAAGCUGGAGGCGACGGCCGCAGCAGGUUGCGAGGAUGUCGUGGACGAAAUCAAGUCCCGCGUCGACGGCCAGAACACCGUUUGGUGA